AUGAGGCGCCUUCAUAUAUUCACGGAUCGCAUGGAGAGGCUACCAACCGCUUCGGUGUGGGAGUUUGAGUGCAGCAGAAGGCACUCGUGGGGCGGCAUGAUUGCCCUGCAUCACGCCUCGCAUCGCUACUCGAAAGGCUUGAAGCACAUCGUCGCUGCGAGCGCCACCCCGUCGAUGGAGCUGUGGGUGGAGGGCGUCUAUAAGCUGCGCGAGCAGUUGCCGCCCGACGUACUGGCGGUGUUGAAGCAGCAUGAAGCAGCAGGGACGACGGACAGCAAGGAUUACCAGGAUGCAAUCGAGCUGCUGCAGUCGUUUGCCGCCAUGGAAGAGGACCCCACAGUAUCCACGACGAUGAACGGGCCGUCUGAAAUGUGUGUCAACGGAACGCUGCGGACCUGGUCGUGCGUCGAUCAGCUGCACACCAUCUGCAUCCCGACGCUGUUCACCAAUGGGCGCAUGGACGAAGCGCACGACGCGAGCGUCGCACCCAUUUUCGACAAGGUAAAUCGCGUCAAGUGGAUCCAAUUUGCCAACAGCAGCCACGUCGCGUUCCUCGAGGAGCCCCAGCGAUACCCUUCUAUCGUGUCUGACUUGCUCGACAAGUAG